AUGGAGAAAGAAGACACGACCCUACUCUCUGGAGACAGCGAUACCUCUUUCCUGGAGGAGUCACCUGUGGAUUCCAGCGGUUCUGAGGAGGAGAAAGAGUAUGCACCUAAGGAGCAUGGACAGGAUCAUGGGGAUUCCUGGGGAGCCAGCCCAAGAGACACCAGCAUGCCUACAGUCACAGAGCUCUGGCCACAAUUUAGGCAUGGAAAGACUCUUCGUUUCCUCCAACUCUUUGAAUCCCAGAAGACACCAUCCACGUGGGAGAAGACAAAAAUGAUGACUCCAGUGGCCCCACAGACUAGCUCUCAAUCAGCUAACUGCUCCCAGGACCCUCAUUUAGAGGAGGUGGCCCCAUGGCGUUAUGGCCCUGCCAAGCUUUGGUAUGAUAUGCUGGGUGUCCCUCCCCAUGGGAGAGGUUUUGAUUAUGGAUUUCGACUUAAAGAAAAGUCACCAGAGGAGGAGGAGACAAGCCAAACAGAACACCCCUUGCUGAAGGAGGAAAACUUCCUGAUGGUCAUGCAGAAAUCCUGGGAAGAUGACAUAAUCUGGGAUAACAGAGACAUCCAAGGGUCCUGCCCUAAUGCCCAGAAAGUAUCUCAGGCAGGGUGGAUUCCCUCUGAAAAUACCAGAUUACUCAAAACAGGCACCCGUGACCCUUCUCAGCCUGGUGGGUCAAUUUUCACCCCUGAGAAUGAAGACCUUAUCUAUGGCCGAUGGGAAGACAACAUUAUUUGGGAUGCCCAAGCCAUGCCCAAACCACUCUAUCCUCCAGUCCUAACCAUUGAUGAGGAUGAUGAAAACCUCUUGCUGGGUAUGACUUUUUAAUGGUUUAGCUCCAUUGCCUCACCUGCACCAGCGAGUGAGAGCAGGAAGGGGAAUUCUUCUAAGAAGAGUCAAAUCGUGCUAAGAAGUGGCCUCAUGGGAGUGGAUGAGGCCCAGCUGGUGAUCCAGCUGAAAGCCAAGGACCCCUGGAACCUGUCUAAUGAUGAAUUUUAUUUCCCCCAGCAUCAUGGCCUUCAGGUUUCCCUCAGUAUCCCUAUAAUCCAGCAUUCAAUACCAGCAGUGAAGCUACACUCCAAACUCUUUCCUACCCACAUGGGAGCUGAGCAACUCCGCCUGUUUCAUCGACCCCAACUCAGGCGACUUGGCAGAGGGCCCCACCCUGUCUGCAGCUUGAUUCAUCACAUCCAAAAGAAAGCCCAGGAACGGCAGCAGGAGUUGACAGCUUCAGGGGGAGGUCACAUGUUUUUCAUGAAAACAAUCCAGGACUUGAGUGGGCUAGAUGGAGAUCUCAUUCUGGUUGAGUGGAGUGAGGAAAAUCCACCAUUACUGAACCAGGUUGGAAUGGCCUCCCAGAUCCAGAACUAUUACAAAAGGAAAAUUGGGAAGGACACUGGGCCUCCUGCCCACAAAUAUGGAAACCUUGUGUUCUGUUCAUCCUCACCUUUCCUGGGGAAACUCCAUGCUGGACAGUUCUUGCAGGCUUUGGAGAACAAACUUUUUCGGGCUCCCAUCUACCCACAUCAGAUGGCAGACACAGACUUUGUGGUUGUGGUGACCAAAGCAGGCUACUUUCUAAGGGAAGUGAAGGAUAUAUUUACUGUUGGGCAGCAGUGCCCACUGGAUGAAGUUCCUGCCCCCAACUCAAAAAUGGCAAAGAAUUACAUCCAUGAAUUUCUCCAGGUGUUUAUAUAUAGGCAGUUUUGGAGAAGCCCUCACAGACCUCGGAGGAUUCGGAUGGAGGACAUCCGAAAGGCUUUCCCCAGACUUGCUGAGAGCAGCAUUCGAAGGAGGCUUACUAAGUGUUCAGAUUUCCAUCGGACGGGGACCUAUUUUAAUUGGUGGGUGCUGAAGACUGGAUUCCGGUUGCCAAGUGAAGACGAGCUGAGGGUCAUGUUGACUCCAGAGCAAUGUUGUGCUUUAUAUAGCAUGCUGGCUGCCCAGCAGCGUCUCAAGGAUGCUGGCUAUGGGGAGGUAUCUCUUUUGAACCCAGAGGAGGCAAGUGAUGAUGACAUGUGUCUAGAAGAUGAGGUCCAGGCUGCCCCAUGGAACACAACUCGGGCCUUUCUAGCAGCCACCAAGGGGCAGUGUCUGCUGGAGGUGAGAGGAGCAGCUGACCCCACAGGCUGUGGGGAGGCCAUUUCCUAUGUCAAACUCAAACAGGAGAACAAAAUCCGCUUGGAGGGGGAGAGGCUGAAGGGUACUGAUGCAGACCUUCGACGUCUCACCCUGAAGAAAGCCCAGAAAUUGCUGAGGAUAUUUAGGAUCUCAGAGGAGGAGAUUAAGAAGCUCUCUCGCUGGGAGGUGAUUGCAGCUGUCCGAGCCCUGUCUACCAAGGAGCUACAAUCAGGGGCCAAUUCUAGAGCCCUCACCAAAUUUGCACGGGUGUCCCAGUCCUCAGGAGUAGAGCAGCAGAGACACUUCCAGCAAGAGGUCCAAAGAAUUUUUGACCUCCAAAACAGGGUCCUGGCUUCUACCGAUGUGCUGUCCACAGAUACAGACAGUAGCAUAUCAGAUGAAGAAAAUGAUCGUAUGAUGGACAAGAUGUGUCAUGAAAUUGAGGACCUCCUGGGGGGUAAGACCGAUCUUGAGAGGCUGCAGAGACAGAAGGAGAAGCAAGAGUGGCAGGAACUGCAGCAGCUUAUGCUUGGAGGAGAUAGGGGUGCUCGUCUCCAAGAAAAAUUCAAGACAGAGAAGGAGGAUGGGGGCUCAGCCACCUCAAGUUCUGUAUCUCUGGUUAUCCAUCGAACGUAUCUUGAUGAGUCUGGCAAAGAGUAUGUGCGGAGUGAGAUAGUCCGGCAUCCGGCAGUGAUCAAAACCUACAUCCAUGUGAAGACCACCAAAGAUGAAAACUCUAUCCGGCAGUUCUUUCAACCAGAUGAACAGAAGAAGCAGGAAUUGCGGAAAGAAAAGAAAAGACUCCAAGACAGACUUCGCCGACUCCGCAUAGCAAAGGAAAGGGAAGAGCAGAAGGGACACCUUUCCCCAAAGAACCUUUCCAAGCCAGAGGCUCCCAAACUGAAUCUAAUAUGUGGUGCCUGUGGAUCUCAUGGACACAUUAAGACAAACAAGAUGUGUCCAAAGUACUGCCCAUCCAAGUACCUGGCCCCCAAGCUCAGAGUCAUGACCCAGGAGCAAGAGGAGAAGGAAUUGGCUAAGCGACUCCCUCAGGAAUCUCUUAUCAAAGUCCAAGAAACCAAACUUUUCAUGAAGAAAAAGCUAUUUGAAACGACAAAUGAGGUCCAAAGGGAAACACUGAAGGUGAGAGUUGAGAAACGGCCCCUGUCCCAGAAGAGGCAGUCCACCCCUCCCCAGAAGAGACAACCUGUGCAUAUAGAUUCUGAUGAAAGUUUAAGCUGUAUCCGGCAUCCAUGCCAACCUGCUGCUCCUUGCCCUCCAUCAAGUAGACACUCAAAACCUCCUCAUCGGAUGCUCCCUCCCCGGGUUCCUCUGGCAAAGACUCAGAGGACUGCUUCUGUGCCAUUCACAGCCAACCCCCCUCAGAAGAUUCCACCUCCUCCAGUCCAGGCAGCUCAGAAUGAAACUGAAGCCCCUUCAUAUCCCAAGAAUAAAGACUGGAGUCUCCAAAACUGGUUCCAGCAGAGAGAUAGGAGUUUAACUCAGCCCUGCCAAAAAAGGCCAGAUUUCAUGGCCCAGACUCAGAAACCAGCAAUCUCUCCACCCAAAGAAGGCUCAGUUCCUCCGAGUCUUCUGUCCCAUCCUCCUAGACAGUCUCAAGAUCCCUCAAUGUGUUCAAAGCCAUUGUUGCGUGGCUCAUACGGCCAUCAGUACAAGAGGCCUGGAAGCCCUCUGUUCCAAUCUGGCCAGAAAUUGGCCCAGGAACCCAAAGCUGUUUCCAAACAAGUUCCUCAGAGUGUACUGGACAGAUCGCUCCAGAGAUCCCCAUUGGACAAUGACACACAGCCAGCUCCCCUAUGGAAAUCAGGUGCAGGGGUACUCCAGGCUCCUUCUCGGGACACAACCCCAAUAGGCUGGUCCGGGAGCGUCAUGUCAGUGUUCUGUAUGAGGACCUCCAAGUUUCUGAUACAGAUGAAGAAACAGAAAAUGAAGAGGAAGAAGUACAGAAUAAAUGAAGAAACACAAAGAGUGAACUGUAUAGAGUCAAGAUCAGCAUUUUCAUCAGAAAAAUUGGGAAAUGGGUCCCUAAAAAGAUGACCAAGGUCAAGACUACAUUCCAGGAAGACCAUAGAGAGAACUGCAGGGGAGAAGCCACCCUUGCCUGCCUGGCCUCUGAACUCCAUUCUCAGGGUUGUAGAUGGUUUUAUAGAGCUUUGUGAGGGGGGAGGUCCUGUGAGCAGGAAAUGGAAAAUGGGAGGUGAUAUGACUAGAUAUGACUAGAUCGAAAGCCAAGACUACAGACAGUCUCUUCUCAUUUUGUCACUUAAUCACCCAGGGGAUGAUUUUAUUCUACUCAAUUAAAUUCUAUACGAAUGCUGGCUGAGCAGUCACCCUGUCCUUGGGACUUACGGGAAUUAAUGUAGAAGACGAACCUGAACCAGGAGCAGUCUCUAGUCCUAUAUAUUCUCCUGGAGAAGUCCAUGGGACAGGGAGGGGUAUUACCUUGUUACUUCAUAGCUCUGAUUGUUGUUUUUGUUUUAUUUUUCAAAAAAGCCUGGACAGUUAACUCUUUUGUCUUAUGUGGUUUUCAUUCAUGAUUUCUUGAAAUACAGCUUGGGUAAACCAGGCUUUGAUAAAGCCCCUUGGGAUUCAAAUGGAACUACCACACUAUGCCUUCAAACCCAAAUCCCUCUGGCUCUCACUGAUUGGUCCUAGCCCAAGCCUCGCUUGCUUAUUACUUGGGUUUUGAUGGCUCUGAGUGAUUGUAAAUCGCUACUGUUUUCGUUCUGGCUGGAAACUCUGAGGGUCUUCCCUUCCCAAAUCGAUUCUUUUGGGAAGUCAAACUAGGUCAUCUUUUGC